CUCCCUCCUCCUGCAUGUCUACAACAGCUCUGUAGGCAUGGACCCAUCAAACAUCUUGCUCAAAUCCAUUGCCUUGCUUAUAUGCCUUCUUCCUGUUCUUCAGGCCUGUCCUCAGAAUUGUCAUUGUCAUGGAGGAGACCUCCACCAUGUCAUUUGUGACAAUGUUGGAUUGAGAAGGAUUCCCAAAGUAGCUGAGCAGACUCGGCUUCUCAAUCUGCAGAGGAACAAUUUCCCUGUGCUGCCGACCAAUGGUUUCAGAGAGAUGAAAAAUCUUGUAUCUCUUCACCUCCAACAUUCCCACAUCAAAGAAAUCUCCAGUGGAGCUUUCCGCGGCCUGAAGCAGCUGGUCUACCUUUACUUGUCAAAUAAUGACAUCAGUACCAUAAAGAUGGGAGCCUUUGAUGACCUGGCAGAACUUACUUACCUCUACCUAGAUCAUAACAAGGUAUCUGAUCUGCCCACGGGGCUCCUUUCUCCACUGAUUAAUCUUUUCAUCCUGCAACUAGGUAACAACAGGCUCCGAGAGCUGAGAUCAGGAGCCUUUCAUGGUACUAAGAAUCUUCGCUGGCUCUAUCUCUCUAAUAACUCAAUCUCCUCCAUCCAACCUGGGGCAUUGGAUGAUGUGGAAAACCUAGCCAUAUUCCACUUGGAUAAGAACCAGCUAAGCAGCUACCCUGUGUCUGCCAUGAGCAAAUUAAGGGUGGUGGAAGACCUGAAGCUCUCAAACAACCCAAUAAAGUCUAUUCCAGAUUUAGCCUUCCAAUCUUUUGGACGGUACAUGGAGACUCUCAGCUUGGACAACAUGGGAUUAGAAAAG